AUAUUUGUGUCAAUUAGAUUAAAAAGGGAGCAAUUACCAGAAAAAAAAACAAAACUAUAAAUUACUGAUAAAAAUUUAAACACAUUAAGAAAAAUUCCAAAAUUAUUAUAUAAAACAAAGAAAGUCGCUCGUCAUCGUGGAUAAUUUCACCAAAAUAUCGCAAUAGGUUAGGGCUAGUUCAUGGAAUUUUGUUAGAUCCGGAAAACAGAGCCAUAAAUUAGUAAAUUGAUGACAAAAGCUGGUCAAAAUUUGGAUAUAAAAGCGGACCGACAAAACAAGUCGCCAAUAAUUCAGACUUAUUACUUCUGAAUGCUUAGUCGCUAAUGUCAAGUGAAUAAAAUCACUAUACGUGACGAUUUGUGAAGUUUUACUUCUGGGUGUUGAGACUUGUGAAAUUGGUACUACCAGUUCCUCUUGGAAAAUGAGCUAGUUGCGUUCAUUCACAAAGACGAAAUGUCCGAUUCACAACCUUCGAUUCACAAUGAUGACGACCAUCAUCGUGAAGGUGAAAAUCCUCGACCAGAACUCAAUCGUCAGGGAGGUGACGGUAGGGCUGGAGGACCACUAGGGUCAGCGGCGGCCGCAUCUCAUUUGAUACCCACAUAUUCAGGUAAAGGGUCGGUAAAAACCUUUAUCAGUUUUGUGGAAGAUACUGCAGAGUUAGAGGGGUGGACAGAAUUGCAAACGGUCAAGGUGGCUCGUCUGAAAUUGCAAGGACCAGCUCGACGCAUGGUCGAGUGGAAUGAAGAACUACGAGGCAUCGAUUGCACUUGGAAUCGAUUAAAAGCUGCGUUGAUUCACCGCUUCGAGAAAAAAAUCUCAGCCGUGGACGCACUGCAUCAAUUUCGCAAAUGCAAACAGCGAGUUGGCGAAACUGUUACCGAAUUCGCUGAACGUCUGCAGAUGUUGGGAGCAGCGACAAUUAAACGCACCGGAGAUCAAGGGAGAGAUCGAUGGGCCAGAGCCAAUCUGCUAACCGAAUGUUUACAGCAAUUCUUGGAGGGAUUGGCAAUGCCAGUACAAAAACGUGUAAUGUCAUCUAACCCCGACGCUUUCGAAGAGGCGGUCGAAAAAGCCCUACUCGAGGAACAAAUUGAAGACCGGCUGAAGAAGAAAACAAUACAACGAGGGAUAGAUGCUGAAGAAAAAACGGAAUCCGGUCACGGUCAACAGCAGGUUCAGAGGCGCUCUUAUCAAUCCCAACAAUAUCGUCAAAUCACAUGCUUCGGUUGCGGAGCCAGGGGACACUUUAAAUCGCAAUGUCGCGUAUGUUUUACCUUCGGGAAACCGGGUCAUUACAGUCGGGAGUGUUUUUCGCGUAAUCGCCAACAAAAUACGGCAAGAGGGCAAGGUCGCAACGAAAAUAGGAACGCGCCUUUAAACGGGAACAGGGCCGUGCCCGUAUCGCACGGUGCGGCCCGCAGCAGGAAUUAAAACCCGAUAGUAAUACCUCUCAACCCCGUAUU